AUGAGUCUAUGGCACUGCGGGACUCACCUGGACAUCUCUGACCAGAGUCUUGCCCAGCCCAAAGUGCAGUUUGGAAGUUUCCUGGCUCUGUCAAGUGACUGCACAGAAGCAAAGCGGCUUUGCCUGGAAGACUCUGUCUGUAAUACCACCUACCAGACCCUGGAAAACUGCUCGAGUGCCAAGACUCAUCCCAUCUCCCUGGACCAUGAUGCCAGGGCAAAGUGCCUGGAUGCUGAGCUGGCCAUCAGAAGCAGCCCUCUACUGCGCUGCAAGUGUCGCCGGCGCAUGAGGAGACAGGAGCACUGUCUGCGCAUCUACUGGACUGUUCACUCCAGCCUGAUGCAUGGGUAUAUGAAUAUGGAGACUUCUCCCUACAAGGAUCCAGCCAAUAAAGAACCCAAGAAGAUGGACUACAACAGGCUGGCAGCUCUGGUUUCAGACUCAAAUCUAGCAGGGGACAACACAAAUCACUGCCUGAAAGCAACUCACAUCUGCAGCAUGAAUAAGAAGUGCGUCCGAUGGCGUACCGCAUAUGCUUCCAUCUGCACCAGGGGGGCGGAGGCUGGGGAGACCUGUAACCGGCUCAUGUGCCACAAAGGGCUGCGACAUUUCUUUGAGAAGGUCCACGAGGAUUUCACCAAGAGGCUGCUGUUCUGCCCCUGUGAAAAUGAGGUCUGUGGGGAGCGACGCCGGAAAGCCAUUGUCCCAGAGUGCUCCUUUCAGGAGAGCAUCAAACCCAACUGCCUCUCUCUCUGGCAUGCCUGUGUCCAAGACAAUAUUUGCAAAUCCCGACUGGCUGAUUUCCAACACAACUGCCAGCCUGCAGACGCGUCCCCAGAUGGCUGCCCUCAGCACACCCAUGCUGCAUGCCUGCAGGCUUACCUGGGGAUGAUUGGUACCCACAUGACACCAAACUACAUCAGUAACUCUAGUGUGGCCAUUUCGCUGUGGUGUACGUGUGAGAGCAGUGGCAACCAGAAGGAGGAGUGUGACCAGAUACUCGGCAUGUUCAUCAGCAACAAAUGCCUCAAAAACACAAUCCAGUCCCAGAUGCAUCUGAAUCACACAACUCAGGAGGGGCAGGCAGAACUGUCUUACACACCUUCUCAAAGCAUCCAGGGGAGAAGCACUAGCACUUCACUUGCUUCAGGAAUGAUCCAGGAGAUGAAGGUGAAGACCAAUGAAGACAUCUCUGAACACAGCAGCUUGCCCAGGGCCUCCUCUGUGUAUUCUGGAGCCCGGCUUUCCUGGCCCUGCCCAGUUUUGCUGCUGCUGCCGCUGCUGCUCAGCCCACGCUAGCCUGACAAACUGUGACCGCCCCACCCUGCGAUUAUUCUCACUCUGCACCCUGACAUUUUCAUACUCGCUCACCCUGGGGGACUGAGGAGCUCCAGAGAAGAGGGAUGCAGUCUCAGCCCACAACAGGAUGCACUGCAAGCCCCCCGCUCGCCCUUACAUCCUGCUCCAGGACUGAUCCUCCUGCAGCUAGAGCUGCAGGGGCCUGCUCUCCAGCACCAUCACCAUCACCUCUCCUCGCCAUUAGCACUGCCAGGAAAAGCAGCCAGUCAGGAGACACGGGGGCACUUCGCAAAACUUCUGGAUGUUGCUAGAACGUGCAGCGUGUUUGCUUUCUGACUGAAGAGGAAGGAGAGGCGCCUGCAGGAACC